GAUCCGGGCCGAAGAGGAGUGGCCAUGGAGAACGGGGGGCAAGCUGCUUCCAAAGAAGACGUCAUUGCUAAGUUGAAAGACGAUGGUGACUUUGACAGGCUACGUUUGAAGAUCGUUCGUAAGCUCAAGGACAAUGAAGAGUUGCGAGAACACAUCAUUUCAAUUGUGAGGCAGUCGGCGGUGCUUAAUCGUGAUGGAGCAGAAACUAUGAAACCCAGACAACUUUCCGAUGCCAUAUACGAAGAAGUUGGGGAUAAAGUAAUGAGCCAGAUAUCGAAUAGUUUAUGGCAAAUAAUCAGAUCAGAUGAUGAUGGCAUGAAAAGUGAAAUUACAGAAACAGUGCAAUCUGUCUAUGAUAAACUGGUGAAUCCAAAAGGGGAGGAUGAGGUCCAGUUAUCCCCCUCUGAUGCGUUGUCAUUUCAGACACAAGUUGAAUUGGCUCCGGUUGCUGAAAUGCAUGAUACGUCGCAUGAAAAAGAGCCAAAUGAGCCACCUGGUUUCACUCUUUCACAUAAUCAUCUGAAUAAUCACCAUGACGAUCAGAAUAGGGGAAAGGAGCAGACUAAUGUGAAUACUGGUGUAGAAGGAUCUAAUGCAGAGCAGGAAGAAGAGCACCACCCAUCUCAUGAGAUGCAUGAUGCAGAAGAUGCCUGUGAUGAUGGGCCACCUGGAUUUUCAGUAGAGGCGGAGCACAUCCCAUCGUCCGAUUGUGGCGAUGAGGACCCUGAUGUGCCUCCUGGUUUUGGUUGAUGAGUUGUAUUGUCGGAAUGAAUUCUAAAUUUUGCGUUGAUUGGAUAACAUGGCUAUGGCUGGAAAUUACAAAUAUCAAUUUUAGCUAUCAGUUUUGAA